GAGAGUAAUAAAUUAAUCUACUAUUUAAAUUUUGGAAUACACAGAUUGUUCUGAAUAUCUAUAUUUAUACUUAUAUAAUAUGACCUGGUAUUUGUGAAGUCACACUUAUGUUUCUAAAAUGCAUUUCUUGGAACAUAGGUUUAACGAGUCCAAUGGUAAAAGAAAGCAUAAAUCAUAAAAAGUUGAAGUGUUAUCUUUGAGUAUACCCCUAUGGGCUACUGAAAAAUUUUAUACAGGGAUGUAAACUGCUAUACUGUAACCUGAAUCUCUUCUGUAAGACAAUUGAUAUAUCAUUUCUUUUUUGCCAGUGAGCAAGUAGCUAGGGAAUCCAAAAUACAUAGCUAUGGAAGGAGCUUUAACGGGUUUGCAGCCAGGUUGCUUCCACAUGAAGCAGAGAGACUAGCAGGUGUAUAUGCAUUCAGAGAUUCAUAAAUAUAUUAAGUUAUAUAAAAACAAUUAAUCUUCGAGUUAGUAUGACAUGCUCAAUGUGAUGUAUUUAUAUAUAUAGUUCGCAUGCAUUACAGAUGAAGAUGCUGUGAUCUCCGUUUUUGAAAGCACUCUCCACAAACUUCAUACAACAAGAUCAUGGGAUUUUCUUGGCUUGCCAGAAACAUCAAUUAACAGAAGGGUCGCCAGCAGAGAAAGUGAUCUCGUUGUGGGUUUGCUAGAUAGUGGUAAAUAAUGUGUUUAUGUAUGUGAAUAUGGGUUUGUGGGUGUAGGCAACAAGAUUUUAUUAGAUUUUUUUCUCUCUAAUCUCUUGUUACUUUAUAGGAAUUUGGCCAGAUGUUCCUAGUUUCAGUGAUGAAGGCUAUGGGCCUGUCCCAGCAAAAUGGAAAGGAGAAUGUGUUAAAAACGAAAACUUCACUGGCUGCAACAGGUACUCUCUUUCUCUUCCUCUUCUGUACAUGGAGAACACCUUGACGUUGAACCUCUUUUGCUAAUUAACAAUGAGCAGGAAAAUAAUAGGAGCGAAGGCCUAUGAUCUUGAGCAUAUCUAUCCUGAUGAGGAUAGCCCCUUAGACUAUGAAGGCCACGGAUCACACACUUCUUCCACAAUUGCUGGCACAGCAGUGACCAACGCCAGCUUGUAUGGCCUAGGCAAAGGCACUGCUCGUGGAGGUGUACCAGGAGCACGGAUUGCCAUGUACAAAGUCUGCUAUUCUAUCGGCUGCAAUGACGUGAACAUUCUUGCAGCUUUUGAUGAUGCACUUGCAGAUGGGGUUGAUCUUUUGUCAAUUUCUCUCGGGGGUUACAGCAGAGAGUUCUUAUCUGACAGCAUUGCCAUUGGAUCUUUCCAUGCAAUGAAGAAAGGAAUUCUGACUUCUUGCGCAGCUGGGAAUGACGGGCCUAAUCUAUAUACAAUUACAAAUGUUGCUCCAUGGAUCUUCACCGUUGCUGCUAGUAGCAUUGACAGGAAGUUCUCAACAAAAAUCAGGCUUGGAAAUGGUUUCGAAAUUUCUGGUAUUUCUGCAAAUACAUUUGCUCCAAGAAAACAGAUGUAUCCACUAAUUAGUGGAGACCUUGCAUCCACCGGGGGUGAGGAGAGCAUCUAUUACAAUGCCAGUGCUUGCAAAGAUGGGACUCUUGACAAAGACAAGGUUAAGGGAAAGGUUGUCUACUGUUUCGGUAACUUGGGCCAGGAUGGCACGAUCAGAGAUUUAGGUGGAGCUGGGGCAAUUUUUGUGACUCCUGGACCACUACAAGUUGCUGGCGCAUAUCUUCUACCUGCCUCCCCAGUUCUAACCAAAGAUGGGAGGACGAUAGAUCAGUACAUCAACUCUACCAAGGAACCUAAGGCAGUUAUAUACAAGACAAGAGAAAUUCCAAUGGCUGCCCCCCAUGUGGCUUUCUUCUCAUCCAGAGGACCUCCAACUCCAAGGGUCAUGCGCAACAUUCUCAAGCCUGAUAUUUCUGCACCAGGACUAAACAUAUUAGCUGCCUAUACGAAGAAGGUCUCAAUAACUGACCUGGAGGGGGAUAAUCGCUUUGCUCCAUUCAACAUAUUAUCAGGGACAUCCAUGGCUUGUCCUCAUGCUGCAGGUGCUGCUGCCUAUGUUAAAUCCUUCCACCCAGAAUGGUCACCUGCUGCAAUCAAAUCAGCUCUCAUGACUACAGCCACACCAAUGAAGUUCAAAGAUGUAGAAGCAGAAUUGGCUUCAGGGUCAGGCCAGAUAAACCCAACAAAGGCGGUGCAUCCCGGGCUAGUCUAUGAUCUCUCUCUAAGCUCCUACAUCAGGUUUCUCUGCAAGGAAGGCUACAACAGCACAACAAUUGGCAUGCUCAUGGGUGGAAAGAAGAGAUACAAAUGUUCGGAUUUUAAACCAGCAAGAGGCAGUGAUGGGCUUAACUACCCAUCCAUGCACACACAACUCACCCCAAGAGGGUCUAUAAUAUCAGCAACCUUCUACAGAACAGUGACUCAUGUGGAGAAAGGGAAAUCAGUUUACAAAGCAACUGUGACAUCACCAAGAGGUCUUUCCAUUGAAGUUGUUCCAAGUACUCUGGAGUUUACUAGGUUGAAUCAAAAGCAGUCCUUCAAGGUUGUGGUUAAGGGUUCAAUGGAGAAUGGAACUCAUACGUUAUCCGCCUUACUUCAAUGGGAUGACACUAAACAUACUGUCAGGAGUCCUAUUCUUAUUUUUAGGUCAUAUUUACCGCUCUUUUAGAUCUAAAAAGCUGAUAAAUAAGCAUUCAAGUUUUUGGUUCUUCCUUUUUUAGGUGUAAAUGAAGGUUCUGUUUCCUUUUCAUCUUUUGGAGUUUUUUUCUCAUGGAAAAUCUUCUAAACAAAAUCUUACCUAGGACCAUGACACCUUCCCUCAAAAGGUCAUUUCUCCCCACUCUUUAGAGGGUAGUAAGAUAUUUUGGUAAUGUAUGGUAGUUUAAAGUUAUAGUGUAAAGUUGGAUAAUAACACACUGCACUUGGAUUACACGUUAAAAAGAUGUAAUGUUGCCUUUUAAAGUCUUGUGCACAAGGGACAAAUAGUCAUAAUAGACUAUCAUAAGAUGUUUGAAACUCUUCAUACUAAAGAAUUUUUUUUCAAUAUAAGUAUUAGAAAGGAAGGGAAAGAAGUCCAUGAGAGGAAGA